AUGAUGAUUGUACCCUGCAUCGUACUGGCAGCUGUGGGUGCCAUGGCUGUCAAGGCCACCCCGUUUGAUGAACAAAACGAACAAGCGAUCGAAGAUUAUUUGAACAGUGGUCAUUUAUUGUACGAGGUUGGAGCCCCUACAAUGUCUUAUAAGGAUUUCCGAUCCCGGCUCAUGGAUCCGAAAUUGGAUUCGGAACAGGAUAAUAAUUCGCUGAGAAAGGCUCCGGCUAGGCUUAUGGCACAAGAUGAUGAUAAUGAUACCCUUGAUAUCCCAGAGAGCUUUGAUGCGCGCAAAAAGUGGCCUGAGUGUCAGUCCAUAAAGCUCGUUCGCAAUCAGGGCAACUGCGGAUCAUGCUGGGCAGUCUCAGCAGCCUCGGUCAUGUCAGAUAGACUGUGUAUUGCUUCCGGUGGAAAGAUUCAAACGAUACUAUCUUCUACCGACAUCAUAUCUUGUUGUAAUGAAUGCCCCGCACUGCCCUGUAACGGAGUAGGACUACACGAUGCGUUCCUUCCGUGGAAAUACAUGAAGUCGAACGGAAUUUGUUCUGGAGGACCGUAUGGGGGAGAGAAUGUGUGCAAACCGUAUGUGUUCUACCCAUGUGUGAGCCCAAAAGAGAUAGACCAGUAUGGACCAUGCAAUUACAAUGAAACAUCGCCAAAACCAAUGUGCGAAAAAAGAUGCAAGCGAGGUUAUGGGAAGUCUUACAAAGACGAUAAAGUAUAUGGAGAUUAUCGUAAAAUCGACGAGUUUGACAACAUGGCAAUCCAGAAGGAGAUAAUGGAUAAUGGACCUGUUCAAUCCACUAUAGUAAUGUAUGAUAAAUUUCGGGAAUUUCAGGGACGCGGAAUAUAUCACCACAAACAAGAUUUCCUCAACAUGAAAGGAUAUCAUGCCGUCAAGAUCAUUGGCUGGGGAGUAGAAGAAAGGGAAGCUAAAGAUAAAAAAUUUAAAGUGAAAUACUGGCUGAUUUCCAAUUCGUGGGGCAGUGAUUGGGGAGAAGGCGGAUUCUUCCGCAUUGUUCGUGAAAUGGUCUCAAAUGGUUGUGAAAUUGAACGGCAUGUCUAUGCCGGUUAUCCGAUAUUACAGUAA